CUCGUGCGGUUCUAUUCGUCGGCAAUGAAGUGUCUCGUAAUUGUGUUGUCCGUGCUCUUAUAUGAUGCAUUUGGCGCCAAUCCAUCGGAUGUGGCCUUUAAGGAUGAUCUUUGCCUUAACGGCUCACGUGAUCGAUAUGGAAAGUGCGUAUGCAAUGCAGGUUACGUCGAGUAUCGUGGCAGUUGUUUCCUGGCAACUUCUCCUGCGGCGAAUUCGGCGUUUGCCGUGCUACCAAGUCCUAACCGGUCUUGCCCACCAGGAUACAAUGACCACCAGGGAAGCUGUGUGCCAAAAACCUGCAGUGGUACUCUUUGCGAAAGUUCGUGUGCACCGGGGUACGUGUUGAACGCUGGGUUUUGUGAAAUUCAGAACCCCAAAUGUCCCACUGGAACAUAUUUUAAAAACGGAUUUUGCUAUUAUCAAGCUGUGCCUCCGCAGACUCAAACAGUUAAUCCAAUUGAAAAAUUGGAAACAGUACCACCGCUAAAAAUUGAAAUUCCCGUCCCAGAGUUGAUCGAUCCACUUGACCCUAAUGAGGUUGAAGACGAGCCAAACACUGAAGAUGAUGAGGAUAAUGAUAUAGAAAUCGUUCCGGAUCGACGUCCAAAACCCGGAAACACAAUGGUUCACAAUGUUAACACCAUAAAUUCGCCAACCAAUGUUACAUCGCAUAACGUUAAUAAUGUCUUCAUUCACAUCACACGUCAUAGAGCUGAUGGUUCUAUCAAAACCGUAGUGAUAAGGAAUAACGAAACAACAGUAUACGAAGAGAAACCGCCGCAGGAAAAAAAUAAUGAAUCUUCAGUGGAGCAUAGCACUACGGAAGCAUCACAACCCGACAGAUGUUGCAUCAUCGUAACGCCGAGGAUCUGCCGAAAGCAAGAGGAUGAAUGGGUUUGUUUCCAUCGAAAGCAUUACCGUUGUGGAGCUUUCUGUACGUCAAAUGUGGUGUACUUGAAGCCACGCCGGCCGUUCUAUCGUGGUUCAUCGCUUAUCAUGCCGCCAACGAUGAACUACUCUUCGCGCAUGCGAUUUGGUCUUUGCCGGUGGGGAAUUUGUCCAUCGAUUGACUGCUCGGGAUGCCUGCAGGGUGGCUAUCGUUGUCACGUACAAUGCUACACUUAUGACUGCGCUGAGCAAGGAGACUGCCACUUUGUCAAUCAGGACGAGUUUUGUGAAGAUAGUGAAGAUGAACUUUGUACGUCAAUAUAAAUAUAUUCAACUUGUGUAAGCUAUAAA